CGCGGCACGCUAAUAAGCGAGUCGCUCCUGCCAGAGCCUAAGAUUCAUCUCCAACACCAACAACUGCGAGCCUCAACCGCAACCAAGACGUCGACCAUCACUACGAGCAACUGCACCAUGUCUGACGAACGCCGUCCCCGAUCGCGCUUCGACAGCGACGAUGGCGAGCGCCCUGCACGCUCGCGCUUCGAUACAGACCGUCGCUCUAGGUCGCCGUCGCGAAGGGAGUCCGAGUCGCAUCGCGCCCGUAGCCCUGUCGCCCGUGAAGGCACAGACAGCCCUGCAUCGUCCAACUUCAAGAACGACGCUGCUGCGAGGGCGGCGGCUGCGGCUGCCAGGAUCAACGCGCAGAUUCAGGCGAAGAAGGGCAUCCAGCAUGUCGACGUGCCACCUAUUCGCUCUGUAUGUCCACUCUACCCAUCCAUAUGCGGCCGUCGCUGACAGACUCCAGGCCGCUACUCCUCCAGUCGCCAAGUCGCCUGCCUCCAACUCCGCAGCGGCCAUAAACAACGAGACGUACCAGCAGGAUGGUGACUACAUCAAAGACAUUGAGAUCAAUGAUCUCCGUAACCGCUAUACACUGACCAAAGGAGCUACACAAAAGAGGGUAAAUAACUGUUUUUGCUGUCCACUGAUCGUCUAGGAUCAUGCCUUCUUCAUGCUCUGCAGCGCUACGCCUCUGGUGACCGUGUUGCGGGGCUGAAGUUGGUCCCUGUUUGCGCAUCUCUCUAUGAGAGUCAGAGCUUACUUGAUCUUCUAGCGCCCCACCCAUCUAUCAAAUGCUAACCUCCAUGUGCCAUCUAGAUCAAAGACGAGACUGGCGCCGGUACGCAUAUCCCGAUUACAAUCAUUAACCCUUUAGAAUACCUGCUUAUACAUGCAAGAUGUAACCACUCGCGGAGAAUACUACCCUGACAA